AUGGGAUGUGAAGCUGGACAUCAGCACAACAUUGCUGGCCAGUGUGACGAUGCUACAAGGCCUCUACAAGUCAAUAUCACAUCUCUGCCGUAUUAUGUGUCAUCCCCAAACUACCCUGAAUUUUAUGAACCGAACUCAGACUGUGCAUGGAUAUUAAAAGCCCCGUCUCCAAGCGAUAGAAUAACAGUUAAUAUCGAAUUUCUUAAUCUAGAGGGAAUAACCGCCCCUUGUAAAUAUGACUACCUUGCCAUCUACGAUGGAGUGGAUACUUCAGCAACGCAACUUGCAAAAUUAUGUUGGGCGAACGAUGAUGACAUUAACGCAUUAGUGUCAUCCAGUGAUACACUGUAUGCAACUUUGACAUCGGACUAUGCCGUGCAAUAUGAAGGCUUCAAUAUGCUUGUGUUUAGUAACAGUUCAGAUCUGCAACCAGCGUGCGAUGGCAGCAGUAACCUUACAGCAUCCACAGAAAGACAAUAUAUCAUGUCUCCCAAUUUUCCUUACGAGUAUGAAAGUAAUUUUUCUUGCAUUAUAAGAAUCUAUCCACAAACAUUGUACUAUGGCGUAACGUUCAACAUGACAUUUCUGGACAUUGAAGUCUCCAAAGGAUGUGCAAACGAUGCGCUCCGAUUUAUAAGCGUUGGAGAAGAAUCGUCAGUGGACACAGCAGUCGUAUGCACACGUGCUGUCGAUUAUGAGCACACCAAUUUCCCGCUCGACGUUACCGGAAACUAUAUUGAAAUCGAAUUUACAACAAACUCAGCUGACAAUUUUUACGGAUUUAUGUUUUCAUUCACAGAAGUAUUCAAGGGAAUAAACUUAACCAGUCCUAAUAAUGAAGACACAAUUGAGAUCACAGUACCGGAAGACCUAACAACCGGACGUGUCAACGACACCGUGUGUGUGAUAGUCCUCACCUACACAGGAUCCAUUAAUCUACAGAUAACUCCGCUGUAUGAGGCAACUACAGAUAACAACAUCACCGACCAAGACACUCAACUGUUUGCUCUGAUAGACGAACCACCGUAUGUGUACUUGGACUUGGUCUCUAGUCUAAACUACGAGGUUAUCAGUAAAUUUACAUUACUUGCAACGUUGAUAGAUAGUGACGUCCCGCAGGUGACGUAUACAGUGACGUUUAAUGUUACAGUUUCAGACGUUGAUGACGUUGCGCCAGUAUUUUUAAAUCUACCUGGCAACUAUACGUUAUCGAGAGGCCAAAAAACAGACGAAGUGAUAUUCACAGUCAAUGCAACGGACUAUGACAUAAGUGACGAAUUUAGCAACAUCCUAUUUACGAUCGAGU